AUGAGCAAAGUACUCCUCACAGGUGGAUCAGGCUUCCUUGCCGCUCACAUCCUGGACAUGUUGGUCCAUCGAGGAUACGAGGUAGUUACUACUGUGAGGUCCGAAGAUAAAGCCUCCAAGAUUCGCGAGGCGUAUCCUAACGCCAAACUAUCUGUUGCUAUUGUACCAGAUAUAGCGCAGUCCGAUGCCUUUGAUGAGGUAGUCAAGGUUUCAGGCCUCGAUAUUGUACUACACACCGCCUCACCAUUCCAUUUCAAUUGGUCAGAUGCGAAGUCAGAACUCUUGGAUCCAGCAAUCACAGGAACCAUAUCCAUUCUCAAGGCUAUCAAGAAAUAUGCCCCUAGCGUUAAGCGGGUCAUCGUGACCAGCUCGUUCGUCUCAAUGCUUUCCGCCGAAGGGCUUCUGGAUCCCAAUAAAGUCUACAGUGAAUCCGACUGGAACCCCAUAACGUAUGAGGAAGGCCUAAGUGGUAGCAAGGUAGACGCGUACAGAGCAUCUAAGACUGUUGCAGAGCGAUCUGCAUGGAAUUUUGUUAAGGAGGAGAAGCCCAACUUCGACCUUGUCACCAUCUGCCCUCCACUCGUCUUCGGGCCAAGUGUGAGCCUCAGCUCACUCUCGGCUAUCAACACCUCUAAUGAGCGGUUUGUCGAGCUCAUACAAGGAAAGUGGAAGAACGAGAUCCUCCCCUCCCUUGGUGUCAAUCUAUGGGUCGAUGUUCGCGAUGUGGCAUUUGCCCACAUUGCGGCAUUUGAGAAACCAGAGGCUGGCGGAAAGCGAUUCUUCUGUAUGUCAGGAAAGUUUAGUAACCGAGAGAUAGCGGCGGCAGCGCGAAGGAACUUUCCUCAGCUGAAGGAUAAGUUUCCCUCGGAGGAGACGAAGGGUGGUGAUUACCCGCCUGUGGUUCCUGGCUAUGAUAACUCCAGGGCGACUAAAUUACUGGGUAUUGACUGGAUUGAUCUUGAGAAGAGCACUAUUGAUAAUAUCAAGAGCCUCCUGGCUGCUGGUGCUUAA